AUGGCGUCUAAUGCAGAGUCCAACAUUAUAAAUAAUCAAGAACAACCGACCGGUGGUUGGAGAACAUGGCUGCCAUACCGUGCUACUGCUGCUACAUCCACGUCACAAGAGGAACAAUCCGCUGCCAAUGUAGAUGAAACGACACCUGAAGAGAUAAUGGACCAACAGAGAUGGUAUAGUAAUGUUUGGAACAAAAUAUCAGAGUAUAGAACUGGUCCAACAGAUAGAGAACGAUUAAUGAUCAACUCUAACGCAAGGUACUCUCAAUUAAACGUUCAACAAAUAUCAUACUUGGAAACAGAAUCCAUUAAAUGCAUAAAGCAAAGAUCACAUACAUGGUGUUGGUAUGAAAAUUUGACAGGCUUGAACGUUAAGGAUUUGGCCUCAUGGACGGAACGAAAUGGUGUGGUCAGUGUUUUUGGGACUGGGUCGGGAAAGUGCCCUUUACCUUUAAAUAAAUACCCUAUGGAAACCCAUCCUGGCUAUCACGUCUACAUUAAAAACUCCACUAUCUUGCCUGCAGAUUCUCCUUUGGAGAUUUAUCACAAUAUGCCAUUUAAGACCAAAAUUGCAACUGCAGUGAAGGAUUAUUAUAAUUUCUCCCGAGAAAACCAUCUCUAUUUGAAGAAGGAUACUGUUUCGCCAUUAAAAGAAAGGAAAAUCUUAAUAAUAUCAAUCGUAGGAUGGUUGCCUGAAAAAUACGAAAGAUCAUCUAUCGGGGAACAAAGGACAGCUCAAUAUCUUUGUAAAAAAUUGGCACAAUCGUUACAGUUUGAAGCUCCAUCAGAGAUAAAAUCUUUGUCCUUUGAAUGUCCCUUAGAUAGUUCAGAUACUAUGACAGUUUUAAAUGAAUGCUUAGAACUAAUAAGCCAUUGGAAUGAUCACUUCAAUGAAGUGGACAAUGUUUUCUUUAUUGGCGUAUAUCAUAGUGUUCCCUUAAUGAUAUUACUCGCCAGAAAUAUCUUGGAAAGAGCUACUGAAUUUAAAAUUAAAAAGAAUACCAAUAUUGGGUUACUUGCCAUUGAAUCAUGUUUAGGCGGGUAUCGAUUCUGGGAUCACAGUACUGAUUUUACAACAAGUACGGAGGAAGAUAACAAAAAGAUACAACAAAAUAGAGAGAAGCAAUUGUUUCAGGGGUUAAGUAAGAAUGAACAGGAAGUCCUUUCAAAAAUUAAAUCAUAUAAAGAAAUAGGUUCUGCUGAAUCCAAAUUAAUUCAAGGAAAUUUGAACUGGUUGUUGUUAAAUUGGGAUUCUCUUAGAUUAACAUUAUUUGGGAAAUUAUAUGAUAAUUUUAUGACCAUUACGCAAAAAUUGGCUAUAGAUUACAAGCAUCCUAAGAUUAUUAGAAACAUUUGGUGUAAUGGGAAAUACCUCUCCAUUGACACUAGAAGACCUAAUGACUUAGGCAUACAAGACAUCCAUAUGAAGUCACCAAAUUUUGAGGCAGAGAUAAAGAUCCCUAAGGAGCGUAAUUUUGAAGUCACAUUAAUGAAUAACCUAAUAUUGACACAGAACUUAGGGAAGGAAGAAUUUAUUCCAGUAUUGAAGCUACUUAGCCCUUUUUUUAUUUCUAGGUCAUUUAACGAAAAUACAAUUUCACCGUCCAUGAGGAAACAAAAGCAAAAUGAUUUAAAAACUUGGUUACAAGAAAUGGAUGAUAAAUGGGGGACUGUGACCGUGACAGAUAAUUAUAACGAUGAGUUGCCUGAAAAUUUAGCAUCAGUGUAUAAGUUUUUGGAAUAUUCGCAUUACGAGAGCUUAAAGUAUCCUGAUCUAAUCCAAAUAUAUGAUGAUAUUUAUGACGAUGAUUCCAUGUAUAGAACCUUUAUUCAAAACACAACACUAACCAAGAAACCCUUGACUAUCCAGGCAUUAAAGGUAUUGCCCAAUACCUCAUCUCCUUCCAGUAUUUUAAGCACAGUCAACCAAUACGAUCUAGUGUGGAAAUUUCACGAGGCUCUAUCGAAAUUCAUUCAACUUCGAAAUCUGCCAGAACAAGAGGGUAUCAAUACUGUUGACUUUUCCAUUACAUUAGAUACCACAUGUUGGAAACAAAUAUUUUCAGAUGAUUCCAAGUUUAAUAAGGAUAAUACUGAAGCUAUUGCCAGAGUUAUUCAGAUAUGGGAAAAAUACCAAGAUUGGAGUCCACCAACAAGAGGGUUGAAACAAUUAAAAAAUAUACUUAGUGUUCUCUCCCUAUACAAUACUCCUUCAAAACUCGUAAAGGAUAUCCAACGGAAAUAA